UUGAGAUAACAGGAAGCUGAGUUGUUAGGAUGGACUUGUUUAACACCCUAUUUAUUGUAAACUCUACCAUUCUUACCUGCAGGUUUUAUGAAGGUGUUGUGCAAUCUUAUAACCCAGGAAAGAAGAAACAUGUGAUACUAUAUGACGAUGGAGAUGUGGAAGUUCUCCAGUUAGAUAAGGAGAAGUGGGAUGUUAUUAGUGAAGGUUCCGAGCCUAGCAAGCGACUUAAAUCAUCGAAUGUUUCCCCAUCCAAAGGAAUGUCAGCCAAGGAGGAAAAAAGUAGGACACAUGGUGCCUCAAGUCGAAAUAAGAAUCCUUAUAAGAAAUUCAGGAGGAAAACGACUAUAAAGAAAAAUGUAAAGAAUAGCCAUAGUGGAAUGUCAGAAAGCAACAUUGGUGCUAAUGCCAGCAAUUACGCUGAAGGAAGAGCUACCCCUGAAUUAUCAGAUUCUCACCCCGACACUUGUCCUGAAGUCAAUGAAGUUAAUUCAGAUGAUUUUGCAAAUGAACAAGCAUCUCCUUUAGCAGCCGCGAAGGAGGAGGAACGAGAGGCCUCAUCAGACCUAGAAGAAUCAGACAGAAGAGAAAAUGGAUUCUUCUGACAGAGGAGCUGCAGGAGAUUUGGAUGAUGAACCUCUUAGUAUGUGGAAGGUACCAGGAGCAAAAGUAGCCUAGAGCUUGGAGACUGGCCUUCUCUUUGAAAACUCAAAUGUUGGAUUUGGCUUUGUUGCCAUUGUCCCAACCAUGGUCUGUCGAUCUGAGUUGCUGAAGGAAGACAGACGUUUUCGUACCUACAAUAGAUGUUGCCAAUAAACUAUAGUAACACAAAUGCCGCGAUAAGGGCCAUGUAUAUGUAAUUUCCAUGGUUAUUGUAUGUAGCAUGUGUUUGUAGCCGUCUUGUGUAGAGAAGUUUAACCACUCAUCUUGGAUAGGUCAUAGCCAAAAAAUUACACAUCCAACAAUCCUAACCAUCUGAUUUGUUCCUUCAAAUGGACCGUUGAAAGGAAUCAUCUUGUGUGCGACUUCCGACUGUUCAAUUGGUAUGCUUACCCCUUGGAUGUUGCUUCCCCCGGAUUUUUUGACUUUGUCUGUCAAUAGUAGGUCCAUUGAUCC